AUGGCCCUUUUCGACUCUAUCUCAAACGUUGUCAAAGAUCAACUCAAAGACAAGGAAGCUUCAUCCAAGGAUACCUCAGCUACCGAAGCCUCAACUAAGGGGGAAGAGCCCAAGAAAACUGAGGAGGCCAAGAAGCAGGAGAUCGAGGGAUACACCCAAGACCUGAAAGACAUUGCCGCUGCUGUCCAGAAGGGUGACUUCAAGGGAAUUCAAAAGGAAGUCUCUGAACUUGCCGGCAACAAGCAGUUUCAAGCCGAUGCCAAGGAGUACGCCUCCAAGGCAUUUAGCAAGAAGGAGGGAGGUUCAAGUGCCUAA